UGCUAUAUCCGCCCCAAGAUAUUUCAACCAUGCUUUCUUUGUCACCAUGGGAUUGCAAAAGGGUUCCCCUCGAGUCGUCAAUUACUCGGGAAAGCUGUAUCGGACAGUCAUGAAAUCUCCUUGGCUUUCCCAUAUCGCGGUUGCACUGGCUACGCUUUCUGCGUGAUACCUCAUAAUCAUGUCUUUUGGCAAGUGUCACUCAGGGCAUUUUUAGAUUGCACUCUCAAUUUGUCAAUCACGCGUUGAUGCUUUAGAAAGCAAAAGUCGCGGGUGAGACAUUUCGUGUGCUAUUUCCCGUCAAGGCGAAGAUCCCGUCUUUUUUUUGACUAUUGUCAUCAUAUGGCAUAUUGUGUUUCUUCUACUACCUUCAUAAUCACCAACCAAAACCACUACAUCCAUUUUGUUCUAGCUUCUCCAACUUCGUCACCAGGUCCCCUAGGUGGUCAUGUCGUCCCUUGAUUCGACCCUCGAUGCCCGCGAACUGGCUGGUGAACAGGGACAGCUGCUUGAUCUGCUCGAGAAACUUCAAUACGCCCAACUCGAAAAUGUCAAGCUGCCUCAGAUUGUGGUCGUCGGCGACCAGUCGGCCGGCAAAAGCUCUGUCCUCGAAGCUCUCACUGGAAUUCCGUUCCCUCGCGAAGCUGGCGCGUGUACGAGAUUUGCUACAGAAAUCAGAUUGCGCAGAUCUGCCGAGUCCAACAUCAUCGUCUCCAUCAUUCCCGACAGAAACCGCCCCUCCAGUGAGCAAGAACAACUACUAGAGUUUGGCCGCCUGGUCAGCAGCAGCUCGCCAUUCGAUCUCACAGUGAUGGCAGCCGCAGAACUCAUUGCUCCAAAGGAUAGUGCAGGACGCUUUGCCGCAAGGGACAUCUUGGUGGUGGAGAAGAAAGGACCGGACAUGCCACUGUUGACUCUUGUGGAUUUGCCUGGCUUGGUACGGAAUCCCAACAAGGACCAGUCUCUUGAGGACAUCCGCAUCAUCGAAGCGCUUUCCGAUCGUUACAUGCGGAGUCCCCGUACCAUCAUCCUUGCCGUCGUUGGUGGUAACUCUGACUACGUCCAGGCUCCGGUCCUGACCAAGGCUCGAGAUUUCGACCCUAACGGUGCCCGGACAAUUGGUGUCCUCACCAAGCCUGACCUUACCGACUCCAUUGGUCUUGAGGACAAGUUCAUCGAGCUCGUCAAGAACAAUGACCGACGUAACCAUUUUCGCUUGGGCUGGUACGUCCUGUUGAACCCCGGCCCACGAAGUGAGGGCGAACCCUGGCCUUCUGCGGAGCAGCGGCGGUCGACUGAACGAGACUUCUUCUCCAAGGGCAAAUGGAGCUCGCUUCCGGCAUCUAUGUGCGGAGCCAGCGCUCUGAAGCAAAGACUAAGUCUCCAGCUUCAGCAGCACAUUGGGAGGCAUGUCAACGCGUUACGCAGGCAAAUUCAGAAGGCCUUGGAUGAUUGUGAUGAGGAACUCAGGUCGCUUGGCACCGCCAAAAACACCCCCGAAGACAUGCGCCUAGAGCUCAUCGAGCUGUUCUAUGCUUCCAAUGAGCUAGUUGUCCCAGCAGCUCACGGCUUCUACAAAAACCCACCCAAGAAGAAUUUCUUUCGUGUGACUGCAGAUCCAAAGGGAACGCCGGCGCAAAAUCUCCGGGCACGUGCCGCGGAGGAAAAUGAUCGGUUUUCAGCCAGAAUCCGAGCUGACGGCCGCAAGUUCAAGCUUUCUGCUUCAAGUGGUCCCUCUGCCGCCGAUGGACAAUCAGCAUCGAGCUACUCCAAGUCUGAAUAUGCCCGUCUAGAGGUCAGCAGACUUCUCCAUCAGAUUCGAGGGUCCGAAUUCCCCAUGGAUUCCACACCCAGAGCGGUUUACAUGUUAUUCCAAAGCCACUCGGAGCCUUGGCCUAGACUAGCACAGGAGCACAAGGACAAUGUUGGAGCGGUCUGCAACGAUUUUCUCCGCGAGGUCAUCAAUCAUAUCUGGCCCCAGCGCAUGCGAGAGCCUUUGCGCCGUCACUUCUUGGACUCUCAUAUGAAGGUACUGAUGGAUGAAGCAGACCGAGAACUGAAACACCUAAUGCAAGACCUCAACCUUGAGGUUCAGCCUUACGACCCUGAAUAUCAAGAUCGCCUGGUGGCCUGGAAGAAGCAAGCCGCGGAGACUGGAACAACCUACACAGAAGCCGAGGAGAUCUUGGAGAAGAUGCUAAUCUUCUACGAGCUGUCUGCCAAAACAUUCAUUCGGAACGUCAUCACCCAAGUAGUUGAGCGCCAUCUUCUCCAAGGCAUGUAUGGCAUCUUCAACCCCGCUGAAGUCAUGGCGAUGACCAAUGAGGUGGUUGAGUCCAUUGCUGCCGAGAAUCAGGAAACACGGGACCGACGACAAGCGUUGACAGCACAGCGCAAGGCUAUUGAAGAGGCCAAAGAUGUGUGCACCAGUUUGGCGAUGCGCAAGGAACUCAGAGAGCAGUCGGACCAAUACGGAGAUCUCAUCGAUGCUACAUCUGACGAAGACGAACCCCUAACGGCUACGAAUCACGCCGCUGAGUCUUCCAACACACCCCGACGAAGACCACUACCCACGAGUAUCCCUAACAUGGUCGUGGAUGCGCGUGGAAAUCCAAUUACGGAGGCCACGAUCCGCGGCCCGCCACAACUGCCUAUGUCUGUACCUCCGGUACCACCGCGACAGCUCCAGAUCGCGGAAAGCACUUUAGGAACGUCAGAUGGGUCAUACAGUAGUCGGGGGAGGUCACAAGGAAACCAGCAGACUGAGAAAGAUAAGAACGGAAUCAGCCCUCCCAGUACGUCUUCGGUUGUGAGCGGGCUUCCUCCUUCUCUCCCGGAACCUCCCAUGAAGAGGCACACUUCUUCGUUCCGGAGUAUCUUCAAGUGAUAAUUGCCUGCCGGUCUCCGGCUUUGCACGAUUCCCAAUUCUUAGUUGAGUUAGUAUCAUUAGUAAACCCUGUUAUCUUCCAUUUUUAUUCGUGAGUUUGGGUUAUAGAACACAGGCUGGACAGCUGCUGGAGUUUGAGAAGCUUGUACUCCUAGUACCCUUUUGUUUAUGUGCAGCAGCACUAAUGUUCGGCAAAUCAGGCCCGUUAUUUCAACCUUAGCACUGCUUUCCACUCAC